AAAAAACCAAUCUCUAUGGAAAAAUAGACAAAAUUAAUGUUUCUUAACUCUCUUUCCUCUCUCUAAACAAAAGUAGAAAGUGGAAGAAGAAGAAGAAAGAACGAGUUUGUAGCUGUUUGUUACGUUUCUUUCUCCUUUUAAAAAACUCCAAUCUUCUCUCUCUCUCAGUUAUCUAUUCUUCUGUUCCUCUCUACGCGCCAACAGAAUCAAUCUUCCUCUGCUUUGUAUUGAAUCUGAUUCUGAGAUCCUCUUACCUUCUGAUUACUGACGAAUAAGAAAAGAGUGAGAGACAGAGAAAGGGUUGUGAUGUUUCUCGUGUUUCUAGUCUCUUUCUCAAUCACUGUAUAAAUUAAACAAAAACACCUCUCUUUCUUUUUGUGUGUGUGUGUGUGUGUGGUGCCAAUAGAGAAAUAAAAAUCAACUUAGAUCUCUUCCUUUUUCCUCCUCUUUAAACUUUUUUGGGGUUGAAUUUUAAUUUUUAUUUCACAAAUAUAUUUAAUUUGUAAGAAGAAAACGUGUUUUUCUUUCUUCUUUCAAGACUCAAACCCAGAGAAGUCAUAUUGGUCAGCUUUGAAAGGCUUCAUUUUUAUUUUUAUAAUUCAAUUUUGUUUCCUUUCUUCAUUCAUUCAUUCCAUUUUGGGUUUUCUCUUUAUUGUUAUUCUCUCUAUAUGUGUUCUUGCAGAGACUAGCUGGAACUAAUAACACAAAGCUGAAUCUUCCUUCAUUGCCACUUGUGGGUGUGUGAUUGUACAACUAGUUGGUCCUGGAGUGCCUUUUCAAUAUCAUCAGGGCCCUGAGAAUGGGGUCCUGUCUAUCUGCUGAGAGCAUGAGUCCUAGACCGGGCUCUCCUUGCUCUCCUGGCUUUGGUGUGAGAAAAAGAAAAAACUCCAAGAAUAAGAGACUUGCUGGUUCCAGAAACUCCUCCUUUGACUCCAGGAGAGAUGAUCCUCUCCAUCGAGUCCCCGGCCGUAUGUUCUUGAACGGAUCAAGUGACGUUGCUUGUAUCUUCACUCAACAAGGCAAGAAAGGGCCUAACCAAGACGCCAUGGUUGUUUGGGAGAGUUUUGGUUCGAGGACGGAUACAGUGUUCUGCGGUGUGUUUGAUGGGCAUGGUCCUUUUGGUCAUAUGGUUGCUAAGAGAGUCAGAGACAAUCUUCCUCUCAAGUUAAGUGCUUAUUGGGAAGCUAAAGUACCUGUUGAAGGUUCUAUAAAGACUGUUAAUAAUAGUGCCAACAACAACUCUGAAGAUGCUGCUUCUUUUGUAUCUACCGAGGAAGAGCCUAGGCCAGAAGAGAGCACAGAGUCUGAACUGUUUCAAACUCUGAAAGAGGCGUUUCUUAAGGCUUUUAAGGUUAUGGACAGAGAGCUCAAGUUCCAUGGGAGUGUUGACUGUUUCUGCAGUGGUACAACCGCUGUGACUUUGAUCAAACAGGGUGAGUAUCUAGUUGUUGGAAACGUUGGGGACUCUAGAGCUGUGAUGGGGACAAGAGACGGUGAAAAUGGUCUUGUUGCUGUUCAACUAACUGUGGAUCUCAAGCCAAAUCUACCAGCUGAGGAGGAGAGAAUAAAGAAGUGUAGAGGACGUGUGUUUGCUCUUAGAGAUGAGCCUGAUGUUUGUAGAGUUUGGCUCCCAAACUGUGACUCGCCUGGUCUUGCAAUGGCACGUGCUUUCGGUGACUUUUGCCUUAAAGACUUUGGUCUAAUCUCUGUCCCUGAGGUUUCAUUUCGCCGAUUAACCGAACAAGAUGAGUUCAUAGUGUUGGCUACAGAUGGGGUUUGGGAUGUACUCUCAAAUGAAGAAGUAGUGAAGAUUGUAGCUUCAGCACCAUCACGUUCCUCUGCAGCAAGAGCUUUAGUUGAGACUGCGGUUAGAGCGUGGAGACACAAGUACCCAACCUCAAAAGUCGAUGACUGUGCUGCGGUCUGCUUGUAUCUAAACUCCAACGGCUCAAACGCCAUAUCUACAGCUUCUUCCUUCUCCAAACUUGAAGAUGGAGAUGAGAUUGAUGAUGGAUCAGGUCCAAGCGGUGGUCUAGGACGUUCGAGUACUGUCAGGACAGGGAAAGAGAUUGCUCUCGACGAAAGUGAAGCUGAGAAGCUGAUAAAAGAAGAGGAUACAGAACAUGGAACAGAGUAUUCUGCACUAGAAGGUGUUGCAAGAGUUAAUACACUUUUGAACUUACCAAGAUUUGUGCCUGGAAAGUGAAAAAGAGAAAAGAAGAAGUUUGAGUUUGUGACAAAGACAUCAUCAAAAUAAAUUACUCAGGAGGAGAGGUUCUGUGUUUUUUUUUCCCACCUUUCUUUCUACAUUUUUCUCUUAUUCUUUUUAUCUAAAAUCUGUUAGAGAUUCAUUGUUUUUGGAACUACUUAAAUACUCUGUCAGUUUUGUCUU